AUGGGGGGCUUCAAGAAGGGAGCGUUCAGCGUGGCCGUGAAGGCCAAGGCCCAGGUCGUGCCCAUCACACUCAUCGGCACGGGUGAUGUCAUGCCCAGCGGUCGGGAGAGGGAGAUGUACGCGGGCCACGUGACCAUCGUGGUGCACCCCCCCAUCCAGACCGCCGGCGCUGACGCCGAUGCGGUCUGCGAGGAGGCGCGGCGCGCGAUUGCCAGCGCGCUGCCGCCGGAGCUGGUGGGUGACGCGUCGGCGACGUCCUCCGAGUGA